AUGUCGUCGCCGCCCAAUGCUUUCGAGGUUCUGGAAGCUCCGGCCAUCGUCGCCUGGCCGUGCGACAAAGACGGCGAUUCGCGCCUGACCAGCCGCAUCACCUGCACGCUUGCCCUCGAUGCUCCCGCAACCAUGGCUUUCUGCAGGCUGCGCCUCCCCUUGAUGUUGAAAGCGCUCCCUUCGCGCAAGACGGCCGUCUUCGCCUUUGUGCACCCGGAACAAAUCCUUUCCGUGAACGAGGCGCCUACCAUUCCCGAAAGCGUUACCGCUGCGCUCGCCGCCGACGUUGUCGGUCUGUGCUUCAAGAUGCAACGUUCUCCUGUGGCUGUAGUCCCCGACCUGCCCCUUGUACCUAAGAAUAAAUCCUCUGGAGAUGCUUUGGAAGCGUUGCAAGCCAUUGCGACGAUCAAUGAAUUCACUCUUUUCCUUCCUUCCAAGCAUUUGUCCAAGCAACAGAUUGCAUCUCUCUCAAGUAUUGCUGGGCCCGAGCUUUGGCGGUCACUUCCCAACUUUACCAACCUAUCAGCGCUCUACGCCGGGAAAGGGGGCAAGAUUGUUGAGGCGUCGGCUAUCCUUCCCAAUGGCAAUGGGCGCGGUGACAGCCCUCCCUCCUAUGACGAACUUGCACUAAGCCCCCCAGAGCAUGAAUUAUCCAAUUCCAGAAAGAAGCGUCGUAGAGAAGGCUCUGCCGAAUCCACCAGUGAAAGUUUGAUCCGGCGUAUCUUAGCAGAAGAACGGGCGCAGAUGUCCAAAGAGAUUCAGCACGAGGUCGAGAAGGCCGUCAAAGCCAAGUUCGCCGCCGACUUGGACAGCCGGCUGGAAGAGGUGGAGAAGCGCCUGCUGUCGCAUUUGGAUGCGCGCAUAAGCGAGGAAAUGAAUAGGCUCAGAGAAGAUGUGGAUGACCGAAUAGAAGACUUUAGACAAGAGAUGGGAGACUUUCAAGAGGAUGUGGCUGAGACCACGGUUGAGCAAAUAGACCUGCGAAUCGAUGACCAGCUAAUGGGAAUCAAAGAAGAGCUCUCGGCGCACGUCACGGAGGAGCUAAAGGACACAGAGGACCGCAUCCGUGCAGACAUCAGCGCGACGGCCUUUUCAAUCAACAUCGAAUAG